UGUGUUCGGGAACUGGUCAGAGCUGAAAGGAACAGACAGGAACUUUUUUUUUUUUUACUUACAAAAGUUAACCAUCGACUAAAGUCUGACCAGCUACGUUGAUAACUUUAUCUUUACACCCAAAAUAUAUAUAUUAUAUAUAUAUAUCAAAACAUAUUUUAAAAAGUACUCUUAUUACAGUAUACGUUUACUGGUGCGAAUCAGAACACGAAACCGGCCUAAAGAAGGAGGAGGAGAAGAAGAAGAAGAAGAAGAAGAAGGAGGAGAAGGAACAAGGAAAACUUGUGGAAUAGUGAUACCUGAGCCCGUUACGUUAGUAUCCAUCUUUUCCCCAAGUCAACUUGGUAAAACACGUUUAUAAAGUGUGAUCAGCUACCUAAUUUAGAUAUAGAUAUUUUUUAUAUAUAUAUAUAUGACGGUUUUUACUCACUUCUUUGCUGACUUGUUUAGCUAGCUAACAGUAUCUAACGUUUUAGUUAGUUGGAACUUUGUUGGUUAGCGAGUUGUUGCUAGGUAGCUGCUAGCGAUAGCAUCACAUAGACUAUAUGUGAUAGCAUCUUGCUACAUGACUUUGGUGUGGAUGCUAGUCAAAUGAAUAUAAAAAUAAGUUAGCAUAUCUGCUACUGUACAAGUAACUGCAGCUGGCUAGCUAUUAGCUAUAUGAUGAUAUAUAAUAGCGCUUCGUGGGAAUCUAUUCGUUGAGCAUUUUAGAGUUACUAACCUGACACAAGUGUACAGGAUAUAAAUCAUUAUUUGCAUUCCGUGAGUCAAGACAAAACUCAAAAACACCUGUUGAUGCAGAGAAAGUGAUCAAGGAAGGAACUUCUGGACAUUCCAAAAAGCGCUAACUUGAAUGAAGAAACCACCACCACCAUCAUCAUCAUCAUCAUCAUGAAAGUGACAGUGACAUUUGGACAGACGAGUGUCGUGGUUCCGUGUAAGGAGGGAUGGAAAGUCCGUGAUCUCAUUCAACAAGCCACACAGAGAUACAGAAAGUUAUUGGAACAGGAGGGUGACUUCCUGGUUCGUACCCACCAUGUGGAGUACUGUGACGGGGGCAUCCUGGACCCUGAUGAUGUACUGACUGACCUGGUGGAGGACAGAGACAAGCUGAUGGCCGUCUAUGAGGAGCAGGAGGCCCAGCGGAGAGGAGCUGUGAGUCCCAGAGCAGGAGUAACAGGAAGAACCAGCCAAGACCCCUAUGACGCCGAGGUCUCCGUCUUCCAGCCAAUCAGAGGAGGAGAGAUAGAGGUCAACUCCUCAGCUCUUAAAUCCAACACCCCCCUGCUUGUAAGGAGCAGCAGUGAAUCAGCCCUCAGCCCCCCAGUGGAGACGUCACAGCCCCCGCAGCCUCAGGAGCCCAACGACAGGCCUGGCCCUGAACCCCCCACGGGGGUGAACCAUGGACUGGACAAGACAGGAGGACACAGAGCUGAUGUCUCGACUUCCAAACUCAACACAUUCUCUCUCAGCAGCCUGACCAAGACAGUGGAGAUCUCAGGAGAACACGGUCCGCUGGGGAUCCACGUUGUUCCUUAUGUCUCCUCUCUCAGCGGACGGGCUCUGGGCCUGCACAUUCGUGGUGUGGAGGAGAACAGUCGUUCUAAGCGAGAGGGCAUCUUCCAGGACGAUGAGUGCAUUGUUCAAAUCAAUGAUACAGAGUUAAUGGACAAAUCCUUUACCCAGGCACAGGAAGUGUUCCGUUAUGCUAUGCGGUCCCCCAUGGUGCGUCUGGAAGUAGUUCCUGUCUCCAACAGGGAGAGGUACGAGAAGAGCCUGAUUGGGCAGCUCUUCAACCAAUCAGGCAGUCCCAAAGCCACACCCAAGACUUCCUCUAAGGAGCCUCCUUCAAUCAAACCUGCCUUUAAGCCCUCUGACUCUUCUACUGCCCGAAUGGCUGAGGACAGCAGCAGCCUAGAGGGCCGACCAAUGGGAUCCCCCCAUCUCGCCCACCCUGUCCCCGUCAGCCUAUCGCCUGUCCCCAAGGAGAAGAGUGACAGCCCACUCCUGAAGAGGAGUCCCACCUUCUCUACCCUGGUGGGCUUCACCAGCAAGAAGGGAGGGAAGAGACUGAAGAUCGAUUUAAAGAAAGGUCCCGAGGGUCUGGGCUUCACAGUGGUGACCAGGGACUCGUCUGUCCACGGUCCUGGUCCUAUCCUGGUCAAGAACAUCCUGCCGCGCGGGGCCGCCGUCAAAGAUGGACGCCUGCAGUCAGGUGAUCGGAUCCUGGAGGUGAAUGGUGUGGACAUCAGCAGGCGCAGCCAGGAGGAGUUGGUAUCCAUGUUGAGGAGCACCAGACAGGGAGACAGUGUCGCUCUGCUUGUGGCCAGACAGGAAGAUGUUUUCCUGCCCAGAGAACUGAAGGAGGAGGAGGCUCGUGCUGUCCUGCUGUCUGAGGAAGGGAAGGAGCAGCUGAUGUUUGAGGUUCCUCUGAAUGACACAGGGUCCGCUGGUCUAGGCAUCAGCCUGAAGGGCAACAAGUCCAGGGAGACAGGAGAAGACCUGGGCAUCUUCAUCAAGUCCAUCAUCCAUGGUGGAGCUGCGUACAAGGACGGUCAUCUGCGUGUCAACGACCAGCUGAUAGCGGUGAACGGAGAGUCUCUACUGGGGAAGUCGAACCAUGAAGCCAUGGAGACCCUGAGGAGAUCCAUGUCUAUGGAGGGGAACUUGAGGGGCACGAUACAGCUGGUGGUGCUACGAGCCCUGGUCCAAUCAGAGGAUCCAUUUGUCCCUUCGAACCAGUCUUUUGAUGCCUCUGUCAGUUGCCCAGCCAGAUCAGCUAACACCUCAGCCCAGCUGCCUGUGGUCAACAACGUCAUCUAUGAGAGAUCUAAUGUCUUUAAUGGAAGUUCCGCCCACGUUGGUGAAGAGGAUGAUGACGAGGAGCUGACUCUUAUAUCUCCCCGUCAGGAAGCCCUGAGUCUAGCCCCAGGGGAUAGCUCCACCAGGCCCAUCCCUGGACCAGCCCCAGGGGAUAGCUCCACCAGGCCCAUCCCUGGACCAGCCCCAGGGGAUAGCUCCACUAGGCCCAUCCCUGGACCAGCCCCAGGGGAUAGCUCCACUAGGCCCAUCCCUGGACCAGCCCCAGGGGAUAGCUCCACCAGGCCCAUCCCUGGACCAGCCCCAGGGGAUAGCUCCACCAAGCCCAUCCCUGGACCAGCCCCAGGGGAUAGCUCCACCAGGCCCAUCCCUGGACCACAGCUGGCCCAGUUUCAGUUCCACCACACCAAGACCUCCAAGACCUCCAAGAGCAUGGACCUGGUGGCAGAUGAAAGCAACGUGGGAUCACUAGCAGGCCACAGGUCAGAGCCCUCCACGGCCGUGGACCUUGGUCCUACCUUGGGUUUGAAGAAGUCCAGUUCUCUGGAGAGUCUGCAGACGGCCAUGUCAGAGGUCCGGAAGAAUGAGCCCCUCCCCUUUCACAGGCCACGCCCCCACAUGGUCAGGGGGAGGGGCUGCAACGAGAGCUUCAGAGCGGCCAUUGACAAAUCUUACGACGGACCAGCUGAUGAAGAUGAUGAUGACCUGUCAGACCAGAGUUCGGGACGGGACACCCCUGCCAGCGGCUCCUCUCGCCAGGGCGUGGGGGAAGAGGAGAGGCAAGACAAGAAGAAGAAGGCCAAAGGAAAGAAGAAAGAGAAGCAGUCCAAAAGUAAAGGGAAGAAGAUAACUGAGGAUGUGGACGAGUCAGACAAGAAGGCCAAGAAGAAGAAAGGUUUUGGUUUACUGAGGUGAGGCCAUUUCCUGUCGUG